UGGCUCGUCUCAUCUAUGGCUUUUGGGUGUGUGGCCAGGCCUGAGUGGCAGAGCUGCCCCCACGGUUCCUCAGGACUUCCUAUAAGAGGCGGCCCAGCCCGCGCGACGCAGUGUAUGGUCUGCAGCUUCUUCAAGGGAGGCCGCUGCUUGCUCGGCGGGGGCAACUGCACGGUGGACCAGGGCCCCGGGUGCAGGACCAGGGCGGUCUUCGUCUUCACACACCUCCACGGGUGGGCCCACAAUCACACCGUGCUGGACUGCUCGGACGCGUGUCUGCAGGACAACAUGUAUUUGGGGGUCCUGAAGGUCUCCACCUACUGCUGCAGGGGGCGGGACUUCUGCAACAGACGUCGCGGGAGAACGGUGAAGAAGGGUGCCCACUGAGGCGCCUCCUGCCUCGGUCCCGCAUCCGGUCCAGCCUGCUGUGCCCUGCUCAGUGCGGGGCCCCCGUGUCCUCCCCAUGCCAAGCUCUCACAGCCCCCAUCUCUCCAUUCUCACCCGAGGGCGCCGUCCGCUCUGCCCACGGCUCUGGUCGGCCCCGCCUGCUCAUGGUCCCACCCUCCACAGAGUGCCCAGAGGCGACAGG